CAGCAGCAUGAACCUGAAGAAGUACUUCAUUCGGGCGCUGCACCGCCUGCAGAAGGGCCCUGGCUACACCUACAAGGAGCUGCUGGUCUGGUACUGCGACAACACCAACACCCACGGCCCGAAGCGCAUCAUCAAAGAGGGGCCAAAGAAGAAAUUAAUUUGGUUCUUCCUAACGUUGCUCUUUGCGUCUCUGGUCUUCUGGCAGUGGGGUAUCCUCAUCAACACUUACCUCUCCUAUAACGUCACGUCAUCUCUCUCUAUUGGCUUUAAGACCAUGAAGUUCCCAGCAGUGACGGUCUGCAAUGCCAACCCUUUCAAAUACUCAGAGGUGAAGCAUCUGCUGAAAGAGCUGGACAGGCUCAUCGAAGCGGCACUGGAGAGGAUUCUGCAGCCCACGCCAGGGAACAGCAGCGAGAACACCUCCCCACCGCUUGACCUGGAGCUCUGGCACCAGAUACCCCUGGUCCUCAUUGACGAGCAUGACAAAGACAAUCCCAUCAUCUUGGACAUCUUUGAGAGCAACCAGACCACUGUGGGAAACGAAACUGCUAUGGAUAACCAAACCACUGCGGAAAAGAAGUACAAGCUGGCAGUGAAGCUGUGCAGCCAUCAGGGCUCCGACAACUGCACCUACAGAAACUUCACCAGCGCGGCGCAGGCGGUGACCGAGUGGUACAUCCUGCAGUCCACGAGCAUCCUCUCCAAAGUCCCGCUGCAAGAGAGAAUCAGGAUGGGCUACCAGGCAGAAGACAUGAUCCUGGCGUGUCUCUAUGGGGCCGAACCCUGCAACUACAAGAAUUUCACACAAAUCUAUCAUCCAGACCACGGUAACUGCUACAUCUUUAACUGGGGCAUGGAGGAAGAGGCUUUGAAUUCUUCCAACCCCGGAGCCGAGUUUGGGCUGAAGUUAAUUCUGGACAUCAGUCAGCAGGACUAUAUCCCCUACCUGUCAUCCGCUGCGGGGGCCAGGCUCAUGCUGCAUCAACAGAAGAGCUUCCCCUUCCUUAAGGAUCAGGGCAUCUAUGCGAUGGCCGGGACGGAAACCUCCAUCGGCGUGUUAGUGGAUGAACUGGAACGGAUGGGCUCUCCCUACAGUGACUGCACCAUGAACGGCUCUGAUGUCCCCGUAAAAAAUCUCUAUAGCCAAUAUAAUACUUCCUAUUCCAUACAGGCUUGCCUGCGCUCUUGUUUCCAAAAUCACAUGAUUGAAAUCUGCGGAUGCGGUCACUAUAUGUUUCCUUUACCUGAAGGGGUAAAUUAUUGCAAUAACGAAGAUGACCCAGGUUGGGCAUAUUGCUAUUCAUCACUGAGAUCAAGUAUAAGACACAGACAGAUUUGUAUUGACUCUUGUAAGGAAACGUGCAACGACACGCAGUAUAAGAUGACCAUCUCCAUGGCAGACUGGCCCUCUGAAGCUUCAGAGGACUGGAUUUUCCAUAUUCUGUCUUAUGAAAGGGAUAUGUCAACAAAUGUGACUCUGGACAGAAACGGCAUCAUCAAGCUGAACAUUUACUUCCAGGAGUACAACUACCGCACCAUCUCGGAGUCUGCCGCCACGACGAUCGUCUGGCUGCUGUCGAGCCUGGGAGGCCAGUUCGGGUUCUGGAUGGGGGGCUCGGUGCUGUGCCUCAUCGAGUUCGGGGAAAUCAUCAUCGACUCGCUGUGGAUCACCAUUAUUAACGUCAUCGGUUGGUGCAAAGGCCUGAAGCAGAAGCGGGCGCAGGCGCGGUACCCGGAUGCGCCCCCGACGGCGGCUGAGCUGAGCGAUGCAGAGAGCUCACCCGGCCCCCGGCUUUCCCAGGAGCCCAUCACAACCCACCAGCACCUGCCUUUCUGA